CUCACUCUCUUCUGCGGGAUAUAUCUGCUGCAGCGCUCUAGAUGGCACUCAGCAUGUUGUAAUGCACUGCAGUGCCCUAAAUAUCCUGUGAUAGUGUGCCAUGAUGUUCGUCUCAUGGUGGUAUUUCUACCUGGGAGCUCAAAGCCUCUAUAAACAAGUGUUAAAUAUGGCCUCAGUUCUUCAGAAACUCAUCACUCCUCUGUUCAGUGGUCCAGCUGAACCCCCAAGGAACAAAGUGACUGUUGUCGGGGUGGGACAGGUUGGCAUGGCCUGUGCUGUCAGUAUUCUUCUGCGGGAGCUGGCAGAUGAACUGGCACUGGUGGACGUCGUUGAGGACAAACUGAGAGGAGAGAUGCUGGACUUACAACAUGGAAGUCUCUUUCUAAAGACACCCAAGAUCAUCUCAGGCAAAGAUUACUCUGUGACGGCAAACUCUCGUAUCGUGGUGAUAACGGCAGGCGUUCGGCAGCAGGAGGGCGAAAGCAGAUUGAAUCUUGUGCAAAGAAACGUCAACAUCUUCAAACACAUCAUUCCUCAGGUCGUCAGAUACAGCCCUAACUGCAUACUCAUCGUAGUGUCCAACCCAGUGGACAUUUUGACCUACGUGACCUGGAAGCUGAGCGGCCUGCCCAAGUACCGCGUAAUCGGCAGUGGAACCAACCUGGACUCAGCCCGCUUCCGCUACCUGAUGGCCGAGAGGCUGGGCAUCCACCCCACCAGCUUCAACGGAUGGAUUCUGGGAGAACACGGAGACUCCAGCGUUCCUGUUUGGAGUGGCACUAAUGUGGCAGGUGUAAGUCUCCAGAAACUCAAUCCAGACAUCGGAACAGAUACGGACAGAGAGAACUGGAAAGAAAUGCACAAGAAGGUCGUAGACAGUGCGUACGAGGUGAUCCGCCUGAAAGGUUACACCAACUGGGCGAUCGGUCUGAGCGUAGCGGAUCUGACGGAGAGUCUGAUGAAGAAUCUGAACCGAGUCCAUCCUGUUUCCACCAUGGUGAAGGGUAUGUACGGGAUCAGUGAUGAGGUGUUUUUGAGUUUGCCGUGUGUGUUAAACAGCGCUGGUGUGGGCAGCGUGGUCAACAUGACCCUGACCAGCAAUGAAGUUUCUCAAUUGAAGAAGAGCGCAGACAUGCUGGGGAACAUCCAGAAAGAUCUUAAGGAUCUGUAAACACUAAGUUUAAUUCAUAACGGAGAGUUUUAAUUCACUGGUGUGUAUCUCUGAGCAUUUAAAGGUGAAGUGUGUUGUUUUUGUCUGUUAAAGUACUUUCUUCUAUGCCAGUUUAAUAUGCAACUCUACGUAAGCCAUUUUUAGGUUUCUUUCAGUUUGUAAAACCUGUUUGAGAAGGGUCAUUGCUUUUGAUAAUGCUAGUGGUCGCAAAAAUGAUGCACCUUACCUUUAAACGGCGGUCUUGGAUGUAAUCUUUCAAACCUCCCCUUUUCUCCCCAAUCUGGAAUGCCCAAUUCUAAAUGCGCUCCAAGUCCUCGUGGUGGCGUAGUGACUCGCCUCAAUCCGGUUGGCGGAGGACGAAUCUCAGUUGCCUCCGCGUCUGAGAACGUCAAUCCGCGCAUCUUAUCACGUGGCUUGUUGAGCGCAUUACCGCGGAGACAUAGCACAUGUGGAGGCUUCACGCUAUUCUCCGCGGCAUCCACGCACAACUCGCCACGUGCCCCACCGAGAGCGAGAACCACAUUAUAGCGACCACAAGGAGGUUACCCCAUGUGACUCUACCCUCCCUAGCAACUGGGCCAAUUUGGUUGCUUAGGAGACCUGGCUGGGGUCUUAUGUUUUUGAAAGAACCAAUUCAGAUCUAGCAAUCUUCAUUUCAGAUGUUUCAGGUGUCUGGAUUCUGUACUUAUAAGCAAUAAUCAGUAAUAAAGCGCCCACUUUUUCAGCCGUCUGGA